GGAAAUACUCCCGACUCGACCGAGAGAGCGUUUGCUACUUUGAGAACGAGCGACGCGCGUCCCUGCGAGUUACCGCGGCAGCCGCCUCCGUCGUCAUCGUCGCCGUCGCUGCCGCCACCGUCGUCGUCGUCGUCGUUGCCGUUGCCGUUGCCGCCGCCGUCGCCGUCGCCGUCGUCCUCGCUGUCAUCUCGUCGUCAUUGACAUCGUCACAAUAUCGUAUUCACGGUUACGGUUCCCUCGUGCUCACGCGUUCUGUCGUUUAGAGCUCGGUGUUAUCGCGAUUCGCUUUUUGUUUUUUGUGACAUGAAAGUAUCAUCGUCGUGAGCCAGUGAAUAAGUUGCUAACGUCUCGCUGACGAACUCGGCGCGACAAUUGUCGUCGUCGCUGUCUGCGCGAUAACUUUUUGUCAUCGUGUUGUCAUCCUCGCUGUCGUUGUGUUAUCAUUGAGUUAAACAUCUUCGCAAUGGAUCGGUGAAAAUAAAAUAAGUACGCGCUGAAAGUGGACUACAAAGUGGACUACAAGUUUGUUAUGGACACAAAAGUUCAUGUGUGUAUGAAGACUGACAAAAUCGUGCGGUCUGAUUUGUGUAAAGACGCACGAUCCACGACGUUUGUAGUGAUAAGCGAUACGUUCGAAGAACGUUAGUCGAGUGUAAUUUUGAAAGAUAUCCUUCGAGUUUUUAUCGAAGAGUUUAUAACAAUUCGCAAGGAGGAUCACGAAAGAAACCAGCUUUAACAUGCAUUGAAACGAUUCACGCUCGAGUCGUACCGAUAUUCGCCAUCGGGCGAACACAGUGAUACGGCGACGUGAUCGACAGAGGCACGGAGCUUAUCGCUGGCGAGAAGAGUGGCGUGCCGGAGUGUCUCGUCGUCUCUACAAGUCGUAGGAAGAACAGGGACGCGCGUUUCCGACCCUCCAUGGACCACGGAGCGAUGGACAGCUCUUCCGCCCACAGCAGUCGUGCCAGUCCCGUAACCGGCAGUCCAAAACAUCCUCACAGCCCGUCGACGCAGCAGAACCAACAGCAACAGCAGCAGCAGCAGCAACAGCUUCACGGCAGUCAACAUCAACCACCGCCGUCUCAUCAGCAAUCGCACGGGCGUGAUCAGAUUCGCGAUCAUCCGCAGCAGCAACCGCAGCAUCGCGGUGUACCGACACCGGGAUCGCCCACGAGAGGUUCACCACCCCAGGGCCUUCCUCUGAGUCCACCGCCGUUGUCGGCCGGGGGCGGCCCCGGGGCACCACCGGGUAUGGUGCCUCGUAUGCCGGGUUUGCCGCCGCCGGGACUGGGACUGCUGGGCCAGCUCGGUGGUAUGCUGAGCGGGCAUCAUGGCUCGCCGCUCGAAUUAAUGGCAGCUCAUCACGCGGUUCUGCCACCAAGAUCCUACAACAGUCCACCGCCGAUUAGUACUAGCGAUCCUACUGCCAACGAGUGCAAGUUGGUCGACUACCGUGGCCAAAAGGUCGCCGCGUUCAUCAUUGCUGGCGACACGAUGCUGUGUCUGCCUCAGGCCUUCGAGCUGUUUCUCAAACACCUCGUGGGCGGCCUCCACACAGUCUACACGAAGCUCAAGCGACUGGAUAUCGUGCCGUUGGUGUGUAACGUUGAGCAGGUUAGGAUUCUACGCGGUCUCGGAGCUAUCCAACCCGGCGUCAAUCGGUGCAAGCUGCUCAGCUGCAAGGACUUCGACAUUCUUUACAGGGACUGCACCACGGCCAGCUCCAGGCCAGGAAGACCCCCAAAGAGAGCUUCCGUUGGGCUGAGCCUUGCGGCGAGUCACCUAGCUGCGGCGGCUGGUCAUCAUCCUCAACACUCCCUGAAGAAGCACAGAAUGGACAACGGCGAUUAUUACGAGAACGGACAUCUCGACGUACCAAGGAUGGAAAAGUCACCGCUUCUGGCGAAUGGAUACAAUCACCCACCCACGCACCUGAGCCACAUGCAGUUCAUGCAGCUCGGCGGGCAUCCAGGUGCUGGACAUACCGCUAUCCUGUCACCGGCCAGUCUACCGCAUCACCUGCAAGCGCAAGCACAGGCUCGAGCCGAGCAGGGUCUCAAGGUCAACCCGAAUAUGACCAACAUGGAAGCCCUCGCGAGGUCCGGGACGGUUUGGGAAAACUGCCGAGCUGCCUACGAAGAUAUUGUCAAACAUCUCGAAAGGCUCCGUGAGGAGAGGGGCGACGCCGAGAGAGCGCUGGCUUUGGACCAUAAACCCAGGGACCUCAGCUCGCACAAUGGCUCCUCCAACGGUCACAGCCCGGUUCUAAAUCUUUCAAAAACGGCGGGAAGUGGAAGCGUGGGCGAACAGUCCGGAAGUGAGGCAGGUGCGUCGCACCGUUCUCAAGAUGACGAGGAAGAGGACGAUAAUCUGUCGGAGGACCUCGAGGAUGACAAUGAAAAGGAUGAAGAUUUGUCGGACGUGCCGGAAAACCUGCCAUUGCCAGCACCGGGGUCGGAAAGUCCUCCUCAAGCCCUGAACUACUCGCAGAUAGCCUCGGCGGCGGUCGCCGUGUCUCAGAGCGCCCAAGACCCCUCGGUCUCGAGUACGGAGACCCUGCUGAGGAAUAUCCAGGGCCUGCUCAAGGUCGCGGCUGACAACGCGAGGCAGCAGGAGAGGCAAAUCAACUACGAGAAAGCCGAGCUGAAAAUGGACGUUCUCCGGGAGCGGGAGGUCAAGGACAGUCUGGAGCGGCAGCUACAAGACGAGCAGAAGGUGCGAGUGGUUUAUCAGAAACGGUUAAAAAAGGAACGGCGAGCGAGGAAACGGCUGCAGGAGCAGUUGGACCUGGAGAUCAAGAGGCGCACACAAUUGGAGGAGGCCCUCAAAGCCACGGGCGCGUCCUCGGAGCAAGUCAGAGCGAUUACCGAAAACGUAACGGCGGAGGCGCGCACGAGUUCGGAGCCGCCGGAGGCUAGCCCGGUACAUUCUCAGUCGCAGCAGCAGUCGUCGCAACAACAACCGCCGCAGCAACCCCUUCAGCAGCAACAGGCAGCGGCCCAGCAGUACCGGGAGGCGCAAGUACCGCGUCCUUCCCAGCAACCGUCGACACCGGAGAAGCCCGCAUGGGGAUACGGGCUGGAUCUCAUCGGUAGCCAGGCAUCGGCCUUCUGGCAAAACUACCAAGAAUCGCUGGUGCAGGAACUCGAGCUGGAGAGAAAAUCGCGGCAGCACCAAGCGGCCGAGAGGGACCAAGUCAAGUCUCCUCUUCAAGAGUCGCGGACGGGUUACUACAAGAACUCCGUUCUGUUUACGAGUGCGACCUAGAAGAGGCCGGACGACGGCAGACGGGGGCAGCAGGCAGAUCGGGCAGAUCGGGCAGAUCGUGCAGCGAGCAGCCGAAGCGAGUGAUCGAUCGGACAAAGCAGAAAGCGCAAUUCGAAACCACGAGAGCGGACUCACACAACGAGAA